UUCCGGGGCGGACCGCGGAACCCGGAAGUAGUCGGAGACUAGGACGUGGCGCCGGGGUCUGAGUUGUCUGUGGUCGCGUUUCAGGGCUCACUGGUCCGGCUGCCGCCACCAUGGGAAAGCGACAACACCAGAAGGACAAGAUGUAUAUUACCUGCGCUGAAUACACUCACUUCUAUGGUGGCAAGAAGCCAGAUGUAUACUCAUCAUUUAGAAGGUUGGGGUGGGGGAGCUGCCAUCUCUCCCUACAGCCUUUUGUCUACCCAGUCUGCACCCCGGAAGGCGUCGUCUUUGACUUGCUGAGCAUUGUUCCGUGGCUUAAGAAGUACGGGACCAACCCCAGCAAUGGAGAGAAACUGGAUGGGAGGUCCUUGAUCAAGCUGAACUUUGCCAAGAACAGCGAGGGAAACUACCACUGCCCGGUGCUGUUCACCGUGUUCACCAACAACACCCACAUCGUGGCCAUUAGGACGACUGGCAACGUCUAUGCCUAUGAGGCAGUGGAGCAGCUAAACAUCAAGGCCAAGAACUUCCGAGACCUGCUGACCGAUGAGCCCUUCUCCCGGCAGGAUGUCAUCACCCUGCAGGACCCCACCAAUUUGGACAAGUUCAAUGUCUCCAACUUCUUUCAUGUUAAGAAUAACAUGAAAAUAAUAGAUCCAGAUGAAGAGAAGGCAAAACAGGACCCAUCUUAUUAUUUGAAGAACACGAACACUGAGACACGGGAGACCCUGCAGGAGCUCUACAAGGAAUUCAAAGGGGACGAGAUUUUGGCUGCCACCAUGAAAGUCCCGGAGAAGAAGAAGGUGGACAAGCUGAAUGCUGCCCACUAUUCCACAGGGAAGGUCAGCGCCUCCUUCACCUCCACCGCCAUGAUUCCGGAGACCACGCAUGAAGCAGCUGCCAUUGACGAGGACGUGCUGCGCUACCAGUUUGUCAAGAAGAAGGGCUACGUGCGGCUGCACACCAGCAGGGGCGACCUCAACCUGGAGCUGCACUGUGACCUGACACCGAAAACCUGUGAAAACUUCAUCAGGCUUUGCAAGAAGGGUUAUUACGAUGGCACCAUCUUUCACAGAUCCAUCAGGAACUUCGUGAUCCAAGGGGGUGACCCCACGGGCACAGGCACAGGUGGGGAAUCAUAUUGGGGGAAGCCCUUCAUAGAUGAGUUCCGACCCAACCUCUCACACACGGGACGGGGCAUCCUCAGCAUGGCCAACUCUGGGCCCAACAGUAACAAGUCUCAGUUCUUCAUCACAUUCCGGUCCUGUGCUUACCUGGAUAAGAAGCACACCAUCUUCGGGAGGGUCGUUGGGGGUUUUGACACACUGACAGCCAUGGAGAAUGUGGAGAGUGACCCCAAAACUGACCGCCCUAAGGAAGAGAUCCGCAUUGAGGCCACCACAGUGUUCGUGGACCCCUAUGAGGAGGCUGACGCUCAGAUUGCUGAGGAGCGGAAGAAGACCCAGUUGGAGGUGGCCCUGGAGACCACAGUGAAGACUAGCCAGCCACAGGCUGGGAGCCAGGGCCCCCAGAUGUUCCGCCAGGGGGUGGGCAAGUACAUCAGCCCAGCAGCCACAAAACGAGUGGCGGAGGAGGAGCCAUCUGCCAGUCCAGCCAUCCCCUUGGUCAAGAAAAAGCCCAGCCGAGGUUUUGGGGACUUCAGUUCCUGGUAGCAGCAGUUUGGUGGCUCUGGGUUCUGCAAGUCCAACACCUGUGACUUCCAGAAUGUACCGUGGCUCUUCCUUUUCCUAUUGCUGAUGCUGAAGCUGCAGGCACAGCCCUUUGUCUCCUCGGAUGCCCCCCCACUCACCCUUGUCCACACACUGCCCUGUACCAUGAUCGGCAGCCCCUUGUCACUGCACCAUGCCAGCUGCUGGCCUGGCCUUCCUUGGUGCUGGGACAGUGUGUGCCUCUGCAGCUGGCCCAGCAGGUGAGCUCUGGGGCUUUCUAAAGGCUCAUACGCCCAGGGGAGGGCACAGCAGACUGUGGGGAGGACCUGCAACCCCCCUGCCCUGGCAGGGGUGGGGGUGCCUGGCACUUUCUCACGGGGAAGUGCCUAGGGAUCCUGAGGCCUUCUGCUCCCAACACGCUACAGGAAACCAGGGCUGGUCCGUCUGCAUCAGGGCACAACUUCAACUGUGGGCACAAUUUCAAACAAGACAAUUGACACUGGAAUCUUUAUUUGUAAACCUCACACAGACAGGGCCAGAGCUGUGGCCACAGGAUAGAGCGACUAAAGGUGGCCUGCGCUUGAGCUCUGCAGUCCCCUAGGCCACUAUGGCCAGCCAGUCUCACCAGGGGCAGGACAGGAGGCUGCAGGCCCCAUGCUUACCCCAGGGCACAGGAUGGUGCCUACAAAAACAAAGGCCUUUGACAAAUGAGGGUUUAUAUUUCUGUAGUUAAUUUUAGAGCUUAAAUUGUAGUUUUCUAGGAUUAAAAUGAGUUGGCUUUUGUAAUUGCCUGAUGAGGUCACAAUGUUAAUUAAAGGACUUUUGGGAAAA